AUGUUUGAGGUGGGCGGGGUCUGGUCCGCGGGUCCAGCAGUCUGUGCGCGGGCGAAGAUGGCCGACUACGAGGCGGUGGAGCGCGGAAGUCUCCGGCUCAAAGGCGUCGCUGAUCUCGGUGUCAAGAAGAAGAAAAAGAAUAAAGAAACCAAGAAAAUGCUGCAACAGAUUGCAUCAAACCAGCAGCAGCAUGACGAUGCGGAAGAAAACAAACGAACAAUUGUAGACAAAAGAACUCCAGCGCAGAAGGCAUUUGACAAAAUGCAGGAGAAGCGGCAAAUCGAAAGGAUCUUGAAGAAGGCAUCGAAAACACACAAACAGAGCGUUGAAGAGUUUAACAGACACCUGGAUACCCUUACGGAACAUUACGAUAUUCCCAAAGUCAGCUGGACGAAAUGAUUUGAGAUGCAGCUUUUGGACAUCAUUUUAUUAUUUUCACCAUUCUUUGCAUCUGUAGUAAAUAAAGUAGUUUUUCACUGUUUCUCAGCUAACGUGCGUGAUGGGAAGAGACCUGCAUCUAUCUAUUGACGUCGUGCUGCUUUGUAAAUAUGAUUUCCCAUGCUGUCCUUGAAAUUAUAUGUUCUUGACGCCAGAGAAACAAUAAAUAACUCCCAUUAAAUAACUCA